AUGGGCACACACGCGCCCAGUCCGAACCUCUUCCAGGCUCAGAUGUGUGGCUCAGGUGUGUGGCAAAACCCGGCAACCAAGGCGCAAAAGCGAGCUCUUGCUCUUAUGAUGGCGGCGAUAGGUUCGUUUGACAUCCAGCUGCAGGGGCUUCCUCGAAAUACUAUUCGGCACGGCGAACUUUCUGAGGACGGCUACAAAUAGAUUGGGCUCCAAUCAGGUGUCAUCUCCCCUCGCAGGACAGGCCAAUGGCUGGAUCACCAAGAAUGCGGGCUGGGCGACACAACAUGUCCAGCUUUUUACGUGCGACGCUCAGACAUCGACUUGAAAUUUGUAAGAACGAUACAACAGCCAAAUACAAGAUGUCUCAAAAAGCCUCGUUGUGAGCAUCCACAGAGAAGAGCCAAAAAGGCCUUUACAGCGGGCAGCACCACACGGCUGGCUCAAUUGACGCCAAUGGCGAGAUGCUGGCCAGUACGAAGAGCCAAACACGAGACCAAAUUUAUUAUUGCACGAAACCACACAC